UGCCAUAAUAAGCUAGAUCAUAUUCUACCGAUACGGAUACAGCCUAACAAUCAUACUAAGCAAGGAAGCAGUAUAAAUUUAAACCGUAGAGACAACCGAUAUUCAUUACUUCAUCCGGUUGGUUCGAGCGGUCAGAAGAUGAAAAUGAUAAUCAAACUAGUUUCGUUUACCUUUUGGUUUGUUAGCACCGCAGGGAGUGAACGAACUGCAGUGCUGUUAAUCAUGUUCACCAAUUUUGACAACGUAGUAGUCCCCUUGCCCAGUUUUGUCUAGUGUGUAGCGCGUAAGUCUAAGCAAAAUACCAAUUGAACCCAGCGUCCGUUUGACGUUUCAGAAACGUCUGUCGGUUCUGUUCCUUUUUUCUCGGUUCGGACGGUUUGGUUAUUACAAAAUAUAGCAUAGGUUUCUAAGUGCACUAAUGUACUAAAUAAUUAUCGCUAGUGCAUUUCGUUGUGUUUGUGUUUCGUUUCGUGUGCGAGUUCCUCCGGCAAAGGGGGGUUAAUUUAAUGUGAAUAUGGAUGAUUUCAUGUUUUUGCUUAGUUUCCCUGCAAUUAGUCGCAAAAUAUGCAAACAAAGGAACAAACCAAGAUGGCUUUUGUUCGUUGAUUUGUGAUAAGGGAUUUGUAAAACAUGUUGAUUGUUUUGUGUUACGUCGUUACGUGCACUAGCGCGUUCGAUUCAUUUUUCUUGCAUCUAAGUUAGUUGUUUCGUUUAUUUUGUGUUACAGAUAGUGUACUAUAUUUCAAUGUACUAUAACAAUCAAAUCGACAGUUAUCACGCUACUACUGCACGAUUACUUUUCAAUGAUGGAGAACACUUAACAAUUUUAACAUAGUCGCCUUCGGGAAAGUUUCACCAGUAUGAAAAUACCCAACGGUUGUGCCAGAAGCGAAUAACGAUAAAGGAAGCACACCAGAGUGCUGCUAAUUUAUCCAGCGUCACUCCUACGGAGCACGCCCGGCUCCCAUGGCCUAUCGAGUAACGUCGUGUGUCAAACAUAAUCUAAUAAAAAAAAUAUUGCAUCGAAUUCCUACUUCAUAUUCACUCACCCUAUUUUCCUCUCUCUCUCUUCAUGUGUGUGUGUUUAUAAGUGUGGAAUCGUUACUGUAGAGAAUGAUGCAAUAAAAAAAACCAUUCAAAGUGCGAAUAUGACCACUUUCAAUCAAAGGAUUUACCGAAUUAUUGAUACAGUUACAAUCACUUCUAUCGUAAUUACCAUCACUACCACAGCAACUACUACUACUACUACUACUACUUCUACUGCUGCUGCUGUUGCUGGAGCAACCGCUACGUCAACUAUUACCAGACAAAGUACUACUUUUACCGCUAGCUUUAGAGUACAAGUUUGUGUAAUUUGAGUAUAAUUCGUACUUUAUAAAAACAACAAAACUACAGCAUAUUAAGAGAAAAUUACAGCGAGUGUGUUGAUUUUGUGUUUUAUUUCCUCUCUUUAAUUAUUCGUGUAAGAAUUAGCAACUGCGUGAAUUAUCUGUAAUGGUUGCUGCGUACGUACUGUCUCUCUCUCUCUCUCUCUUUCUCUUACACACACACAAAUACAUUCACUGUCGUCGGCUGUCAAACAUUAAAAAAAAAUACACACACACAGCAAAUAAGCAUUUUAUUAUCCUGUGCACUUGGUGGAGUAAUUUAGUAGGAAGUCUUAUCCCUAAAUUAAACAAACCUUAUAUGUCGAUAUUUCCCUCUCACACACCCUUCAAACCUACCUCGUUUGCAACCAUAUUGCGAUCUGGGCUCUCGUGAGCCUUCAUACACAAUACACACUUCAAAAUGAUUUUUGAAAAAAAAAAAGACAACAUACACUCGCACUUCUGAUAAUAAAAGCAAACCUUCACCAUCACUAGUGCUACUGCUAGCGAAUGGAAACCUGUAACCGCUUCUUAUGUUUCAUGGGGUGUAACUAAACCUGGACAUAGAACUAAAAUCAAAUAAAAAUGGCCACCAUUAUACAUAAAGUAGAAAAAACAAACUCGAAAUAGAAGUAAACCGAACAAACAAUGUGGCUAAUAGAUGCAACAAUAACACAAGGAAAACACGCUAUGACAAAUGUGGGGACAAACGCUUCUUCUUCCGUUUUUCGAUGCUUUUCCGGCUUCAGACACACAGUAAAAAUGGGCGUUCUUUACUAAAUGGUAUCCUUUUCCCGCAUUUAACGAAAAAACCAAACACAUUUACACAUUUAACGUUUAAUAACGAAAUAUUGUACUUCUAGCUAUGUUUUUUUUUUUGUAGUAACGGCUGUAUCAGUUAGAUUUCGUAUGUAUUUUUUUCGAAAUAUCCUUGUCCUUAAUUGUACUUCUAUGUGUUGAGCUCUCGAUGAACGCCAGAAAUUUCACUUCUGAAAAAUGCUUGUAUGGUUAUUUGUGCAAUUCAAUUUUAUACAUCAAAGACUGCUUUUACCAAUACAGUUAUUAAUAUUGCUGUUUCCUCCGGUACUUCCUUUACUACAACCAACCUCACAAUAUUUACAAACAACCUUUCCCUAGUCUCUUGCCUAAUACUUACCUAACUAGCUCUUCUAAUGAUACUAUUUUUAUCACUGAUACAUCUACUACUUUCCUGUCUACUCUGCACUACACACUCACAAAAUUUUGCCCUCACCUAUAUGAUUGUGUGACUUUCGACUAGCCAUCAUUAUAUGUUGGUGACUAGACGAAGCCACAGCGCAAACCACCAUCCGAAAUGUUUCAAAUUAAUUUGUUCAACACUUCUACCACGCUACUACUUCUUCUACUAUUUACUUCAAUAGUUACUAAUUAUACAGCAACUUACGCGCAUACCUAUGUACCCUUUUUUGCAUGAUAACUGUGUAUUUUUAGCCAGCAAGCAUACAGAACAAAUUAAAAAAAAAAUCUAUAGAAGCUAAAUGUCAUUUGAAGCCCAUGUUGCCCACCUCUUAUUUUUCUCUAGACAAAAACACAAAACAUCUCAAACGUAAGCCAAACUCGAUGUACGAUUUGAACGCCUAGCGUCAUGCGCCUGUAUUCCUUUUUAUUGUUUUCCUUCUCCUCUGUUGGCGAUGACAAUCCUUUCCCUGUUUUAAAUAUUUUGUUUUACGCGUACGCCUACAACUACACAAACACUAACCCCACUACAUGCGCUCCCACCCAAAUAGUGUACGAUUCUUUAGUUUAUCCUACCCGAAUGCUAUUGCUGUGUAUGCCAUUUAAACAACACAAAACAAAUGCCAAAACCGUACCAUUAGUCGCGCGUGAAUGAAAAUGGGAGAGGGAUUGGCCCGGGGGGGCACGGGAAAAUGGUGUGCAACUAAGUGUAAUUGCAAGGUUGAAACUUCUUCUUUUAUUAUCGCCGUAUCAUACUGCUCAACUGUGUUCAAUGCAUUGUCUGGCUACGUAAUUAGACGUACGAUUUUAGUUCGCCUACAUCUCCACAGCACACAUUUUUUUGCACAAACAUCUUUGUUUCGACUGCUUUGUAGUUAUCAGUUUCAUUUUGUUUGUUUCAUGUAUUUACCUUAUUUACUUGCUGCCAUUUUGCUAUUGUUUUGGAAAAAAAAUAUUUUAAACACUUUUUUGUCCAUUUAAACUCGCUUCUUUUGCUGUUCCAUGCACAUAGAUUUCGUUUCAAAAAUAUCAAAUUUAAGUAACGUUUUUCUUUUCUUACUCAAUAUUAAAUUUCAAUUAAUUUCUUGCAUAUUUAUGAUGUUUUUGUAUUGCUAUUUAGUAAAAACCAUUACGCUUUCAAGAUCUGUACCGCUUACCAUGUGCCAUUUUUUUUAGAUCGUAAGGCUGGCUAGGGUUUUGGGAGCCUCUCUGGUAGCGAUGGUUGAAUUUUGUCAUAUGUUUAAAUCUGCAGCAUGUUUAUCACCCUUCGCCGCCAUUCAUCUAUCAUCUGCAAACGUGUAUUUUUAAACAACCAAAAAAAACAAACAUGAUAAAUUGGAUACCUUGCAACCCGUAAAAUAAAAACGUUCCUAUAAUGAUGCUUUUGAAUCUGCAAAACGUAUAAUAAAUGUAAUAAAAAUUCACUUCAGCAAAAAAAAACAACACAUGCCUGACACUCAUCAUCCUCACAGAACACGGAUACAAACCACAUAGAAUGUACACAAGAAAACUGCUUUGUUUGUCAAGGAAAAACAACGGGAGUUUGUUAAUAAAUCAUAGAUAUCUAUAUUUUUUUCCAUACGCCUGCGCUACUACCGAACCAAUGAAUGCGUAUUUGUUAUAUGUAAGCUAGAUUUUAAAAGACGAAAAAAAUAGCAAGCAGCAGACCCGAACAUACGUACCACUGUUCUUUAGUCGCUACAUUGUAUUCCCUGCCCGUUUCAACAUAACUUCACGCUCUGUCUGUAAUCUGAUUUUGUACCUAUUCUUGAUAUAACUUUUCUCAAUGUAUAGAUUCAAAAUAAUAUAGCAAACACAAUGACGAAAUCGCAGUGGUUCGUUUUGAGAUGCUUUCCUAAAUCUGCAGUUUUGUUUUUGCUCCGUAUAAUUUUUAUAGUUUGCAAUUACAUAUGUAAAACAACAACACAACAAGUAUGUGUUCUUUAAAUUGCUGCAUCCGACACAACUAAACGCUUGCUGUUGUACUUAUACUUGGUACUGUUUACAUAAAUGUGUAUUACCGUUUAUAGUUUCGAUUGUACGGGUCGGGAAUACAAUAUCAAACCAUUAUCGAUGUUCUCUAGUGCGCUUUGUAUAGAUGAACUAACUACCCUUAAUGCUUCCUACAUAUAUUUCUCGUAUUACUGUGUUCGAAAUUGAUACAUUUGUGCAAUCUUACCAUGAUAGUUUCUAAUUAUAUGUACCUUUUUAUUUAGUUUUCCAAUAUUGCGCAUGAUGGGAACGUAAUAUUUCCGUUCCGCCAUUCAACUCCGGUAAAACUCUGGUGUUUUAUCGUCACUUUCCUUGGCAAGCUUUUUUUUCUGUUUGCUGGGAAAUAAAACUGAUGACGCUAUGCAAUGCUAAGCUAUUUUAUUGCGCUUCAUUUGACCAUGCGAGCGUUAAAUGAUAUUUCCAAGUAAAUAUAACUCUAACCCUCUGAUGCCUUAACAAGUGCACAAGGCGUGACUGCGACUGCUUCAAACUGAUUGCAAACGCUUGCGUAAGUAAGCGUAAAAUUGCACAAUUGCGCUAAAUUGUAUCGAAAGGGUAGGAGUUUCUUGCCGCGCUAGUCAAAUGCUUUAUUUACUGCAGCUUUAGGGAUCCUUUGUGUGUUAGGCAAAUUGAAGUGGAACAGAGGAUGCUAAAGCGAACUGUCAACCACUGUCAACCAUUUGUAUAUUCUUCAUUGGCUAACUUAACACUAUCCGCGUUGAAACUAACACACUUCCAUGGGUUUGCAAAAUGCUUUAAAUUGUAGCUUUCGCAGAUUUUGUACAAAGUGCUACAGUGUGCGCGGAGCAUAAGCUUUUAGUAACAAAUGCGAACAAAUGUUGCUCGCACAACACUCCCGUUUUGGUAGACAGUAUUUCUUCUUGACUGUAUCUAAACAUAUAGAUAUGCUGAGGCAUCUUUAGAUUCAUUACGGCGUGUUCGGCCCAUGAUUCAAACCACAAGCAAACCAUCCGUCCAAUAUAUCCGAACCUUUUUACAGUAACUGCCAAGGAGCAGGUGUAGACAACCAGUACUCGAAAUAGUACUAAAUAUUUUCGCGACGAAAAGAAUAACCGACUGAAAUGCAACAAACUCAACGUCCCGUUUUUUUUUUUUUGUAAAACAAACAAAGUAAUUUUACUUGUGCGCGUACAGAUGCAAGGUAUACAAGUUUAUCAUUCAAAACAUACGCGAGCAACUCCGUCAUCUCUCAUUGAGCCAUUUCGUUUACUAAAACCAACCAAAGCAGCAGAUUUAGCGGGAAGUAUGUAGAAUCCAAGGCCCUAUUGUUGUUUGAACCAGUGCCCCCCAUUGACCUGCACAAUCGCCACCCGCAUCUCUCUUUUUCAUGUCACCCGUGUCGAAACGGUACGGUUAUAAUCGACCCGACAGACGAUUAUUACACCGACAAGGUUGUGAGUGUGUGUAAAGCAAUCACAACAUUAUCUUUUUUGAAGCAAAACAUAAAUACAAAAUAAAAGGAUGCAAAUGCAUCUUCCGGUGCUGGCCGACAGUAAUUACCUACCCCAAAGAGAGAGAAACCGCACACGGCAGAAGGUUUAAGGUGAUCGUUCGUAACAUUCUUUUCAUGCAAGUGCCUAUUGUUGAACGUGAGAAGGUGAGAGAGGUAGUGCGAAGUUUUAAAAAGAUGCACAAAUGGAAAUUGUAAAAACAAAGAGCAAAACAACCGAAACAAGAAAGCAUAAGGUGGAAAAUACUAGAAAUACUAGAACUGAAAGAAGGUUACCAGGCGUUAGCAGGAGAACAUACACACAUACACACAGUUUCGCCUAGGAAAAUAAGGCACACUACAAAUUUGAUGAAUAGUAUAUUGGAGGACAAACGGUCAAGUGAAGUAAGAUCCUCCUUAGGCAGUGUUUUUUCCACCAAUCAUCAUAGUAAUUGUUCCUAGUGUGGUUAGGUUUCGUAGUCGUUUUUUCGAGCGUUCUUUCUCUACUCUACUCGUUCCAGUGUUCGUAAUAUGAUCGUUUCUAUCAGUAUAUACCGUAGCCACUAGUGUGUUAUACUGUAACCUAGCAUACCUUGAAACCGUUCGCGAAACUAUUAGAUCAUUAGACCCAUACGUACGAGAGCGAUAGAAAUGAACCACUAACGGAAUGGCUACCACAAACGGUACUACCAACAACCACUCUCAAUCAAUACAAAACAUAUACUGCUAGUUUUCAAUGAUCCGAAUGCCAUUGAGUAGUGAAGAGAAAGAUAAAAAAAACCAUUUACCUAGCGCAUUACACAGAACAAAAUACACCAGCAUGCUAUAGAGUGUGCUGGUGUUUGGGUGUGUGUUACAUUUAUCGUAGCGGAUCGUUCACUUUGAAAGCAUUUCGAAUGUCAAACAGCUUAAAAAGUCACUGUAGUUCACAUAACCACUUACAUAGCGAUCGUUCCUUUUUUUACUCUGGUGUGUGUGUGUGUGUGUGUGUCAGAAAAUGAAGCAGAAAUAAGGUAGGAUCGCGUUGGAACACGUUUUUACUCCAUACUUACGCGAGAGAACUCUACAACCACUCUCCGUCUCUCGAAUUCAUAAGCUACAACCCUCCCUCACAAUCAACGAUGUUCGAAGAGAAUGGAACCAUUUAGCUUCAUUAUAAUUCAACUAAGGACAAAAUUAACUCGACACAAAUCUUUAGCAGCUAUACAUAAGAAGGCAUUAUAAAGGCGUAUAAAACCACAACUAUAGUUCAUAUUAUCUAUACUAUUCAACGCAAACUAUUAACAUUACUUUGUAAUACUACGAACAUUUACUAUGAAGGAAAGAUAGGAAUUGCUAACGGAACCUAAACAAAGCGAAAUCAUUGCUAAAAUAGCAAACAAACCUAAACAGCGAGAGAGAGAGAGAGUGAAAGAGAGAAAAAUAAGAAAUACAAAAUAAAUACCCGAAGGAAAAUGAAAACCAG